AUGGAAGGUGAAGAAGGCGGAGAAGUAGUAGCGGUUAAGAAGAAAAAAGAAGAGUUUUCAGAUUUUAUACUUUCAUGGUCUAUUGAUGACAUCCUCAAUCAAGACCUUUACAAAACCCAGGUGGACAAGAUACCACUUACUUUUGAUUCGGAACAACAGUAUUUCAGUUCUUUUGUUUAUCCUUUGCUUGAGGAAACACGUGCUGAACUAGCUUGCUGUUUGGAGAUCAUACAUAGAUAUCCAUCUGCUCACGUUUUUUCUAUUCACGACGCCAGGCGCGAUGGAAAAGCUGUGUAUGAUGUUAAAGUUGGUCCGUGGAGAAACAGAUCUUUUGAAUGUGGCAAACCGCCUUACCAGACAUUACCUGGUGAUCUUCUCAUUUUCAUGAAUAGAAAAGCAGAAACUGUUUCUGAUUUGCAACGACUAGGAAGAACAUGGGCUUUUUCGUUAGUUGGCAAAAUCACAGAGAAUGAUAAUGAAGAUGAUUUUGAAGCUACACCAUUACGGUUCACAGUUAAAGCUUCACAACCUCUUAAAUUCGAAGAUGGGAUGUUUGUCGUUUUCCUAAAAAGUAUUGAAAUCCAGACCAGGAUUUGGGAUUCAUUGCACAUGAAUGGAAAUCUAAACAUCAUUAAAGCGGUUCUUGGCCCUGAUUCUAUGGUUAAGGAGACUUGCGAUACUUGUUCUUUUGAUUUCAAUAGUCUUUAUUCUCAAAAUAGAAAUGUGUUGGAUAAGCUAAACGAAUCACAAAGAGCAGCAGUUAUGGUCUCCCUUGUUAAAACAGAAUGUUGUCACCAUUCGUAUGUGGAACAAAUAUGGGGACCACCUGGAACAGGAAAAACAACAACAGUUAGUGUUUUGCUAUUCAUUCUCAUGCAAAUGAACCGUAGGACUCUUACUUGUGCACCAACAAACGUUGCUCUAUUACAACUAGCUUCAAGAGUGCAGAAUUUGGUUAAUCAUUUAAAACUACAACUGCAAAUGUAUUAUGUCUUUCUAGAAAAUGAGUUGUUCAAAGAAACCCAAAUGGCAAAUCAAAAUCAAAAUCAAAGUGAAAGUAAAAGUAACAAGCUGCAAGUGAAAUCAUUCCUUGAGUUUCUGCAAAGUCGAUUUAAUUCUUCUGUAAUAACACUUAGAAGAUGCAUUCUUACAUUCUUGACUCAUGUCCCAAGAAGUUUCAUGAAGGAAUACAUUUUGUAUAGCAUGAUACAUCUUUUGGAUAACUUAAGUUCAUUUGAAUCAUUGUUGUUUGAAGAAAACUUGGUUUCAGAAGAACUCGAGCACCUCUUCACAUCUAAACCAAUUCCUAGUGAGUCGGAGGAUAUGUCUUCGAUUAAUUCUGUAAGAGCCGUGUCUAUAUUCCUUCUAAGAGGUUUGCAGAUAUCUCUUGAAGCACUAGGUCUUCCAGAUGAUGUAAAAAGACAUGUAAUAGUGGACUUUUGUUUCGAAAGAGCUUCUCUAGUAUUUUGCACGACAUCUAGUUCUUACAAGUUGCAUAUGGUUCCAAUGAAGCCUUUGAACAUUUUGGUCAUAGAUGAAGCAGCACAGUUAAAGGAGGCGGAGUCCACUGUUCCUCUUCAGCUUCCUGGGAUGAAGCAUGCUAUUCUCAUUGGAGAUGAGUGCCAAUUACCUGCAAUGGUUACAAGCAAUGUAUGUUUUGAAUCUGGCUUUGGACGGAGCUUAUUUGAGAGAUUGAGUUCUGUAGGCCAUUCUCGACAUCUACUAAACGUUCAGUAUCGAAUGCAUCCUUCCAUCAGUUUCUUCCCUAAUUGGAGGUUCUAUCAAAAUCAGAUCCUUGAUGCAGAAAAUGUGUUAUGUGAAAGUUAUGAAAAGCAAUAUCUUUCAGGACCAAUGUUUGGUUCAUAUUCAUUUAUAAAUAUUGUUGGAGGAAGUGAAGAAAAGGAUGAUAAUGGACAGAGCAAAAGAAAUAUGGUUGAGGUGGCUGUCGUGAUUAAGAUACUACAAAAUCUCUAUGAAGCAUGGAAAGACUCGAAGAAGAAUCUUACUAUAGGUGUUGUAUCUCCUUAUGCUGCCCAAGUUGUUAUGAUUCAAGAAAAACUUGCUCACAAGUAUGAGAAACUUGAUGGAUUUUCAGUAAAGGUGAAAUCAAUUGAUGACUUCCAGGGUGGAGAAGAAGAUAUUAUUAUUUUAUCGACAGUCAGAUCUAAUAGCCGUGAAUCUGUUGGAGUCAUGUAUUGUCCACAAACGACUAAUGUUGCCCUCACCAGAGCAAGACCUUGUCUAUGGAUAUUGGGAAGCGAAAGAACUCUGACUAAGAUUGAAUCUGUAUGGGAAGAAUUGGUUUGUGAUGCAAGAAAUCGUCAUUGUUUGUUUGAUGCUGAUUCUGAUGAAUGCUUGAAGAUGACAGUUAUAAAUGCAAAGAAAGAGCUCGAGCAACUCGAUGAUCUAGUUAACGAGAAUAGUAUCCUUUUUAAACAUGCAAAAUGGAAGGUAUUUGUUAAUACAUACUUUACCGAAAUAUGUUAA